CACCUAACUAAUGGCAUAAUUAUUCCUAGAAUUUGUGUUCUUGUUUCUCUCUUAUUCUUAAUUAAUGUCUCUUCAGCUGCCUCAAUAGUUUCAUCCCAAACCUCAAACAAAACAGACCUCCAAGCUGCCAUUGAAGACAUGAAGGCCCAAUCCUUCUAUGGCUUUGCCAUCCUUCUCCAAAUGCUCAACAUCACUACUCAACUGACCCUAAAAGAAAUCACCUUUUUCAUCCCCCAAGACCCCCAGAUCUCCAACAUCUCCAUCGCUGUUGACCGUCUCGAGGCGUUUGUGCUCAGCCAUAUGAUCCUCAUGCCGCUUCAAUUCAGUGACUUGAUUCGAUUUCCGACGGGUUCCAUUGUUCCUUCGGGUUACCAUAAUAGGAUGAUCAGAAUCCAUAACAAUGGAAGAGGCCAUUUUGUUGUGAAUAAUGCUGUAGUCAAUGUUCCUAAUGUUUGUUCUAGUUCUUUGGGUAUUAAGUGCCAUGGGGUUAAUAAGGUCAUAAAUUAUGGUAGAGCUACUUAUGGUAAUCUUAGUAAUGAACUUUUCUAGGGUUAUAUCUUUUGAAUAUAGUUUGUUGUUGGAACGCAAGAUAUGUAAGUUUAUGGUUGAAUAAAAAGUACUUCAAUAUAUUGAAAAUUAAACGAGUGUGUUUAAAAAUA